AGAUGUAUUUCACCCGUCUGGUGAUAUUGUGAUAGAAAACGUUUAGCACCCAAACUGUACAACCCAAACAAAAGAGUGACACAAUUUAAAACGGCAAAAACAAGUCAUUAACAGAUCCGACCAAAACCCGAGCGCAUACCUCAUGCAUUUGUGAUUUCGCACACGCAAAUCAUAUUAUAACAUAAAUUUUCUGCAUUACUAUUCAAAACCAAUUUGUUAUCAAAAUCUUUUUGACAAUGUCUUCUGCCUCAAUCCUUUUACUAUAUACGGUUAUAUGGACGAUUGUUCUGAUGUUAGUAGUGGCUGUGGCUUCAUUCUCGGCAGAGUUUGCGUUUGUCAGUGCAGUGAUUUCAUCACCUUCUUCGUCCUUAUCGCAAUCUUGUGAAGGGCAUGAAUUGAUUAAAAUCCCGGUUGAAGUUUCGGGACAGGUAACGUGCUUGCCAGCAAGCAUGGUGAGAAGAUCAGGGUUCGAUGUGUUUGUACCAAUUUUGUGUUUAGCGUUUGUUGUUGUAGGAUCGGCUUUUAUGCUUCGAGCCGUUGGAUUUAUGGUUGAUGUUACUGAUUAUGAUAACAGUGAUGACACAGAGCAGCAGUUGAUUUAAUCAACAUUCUAAUGUACAUGAUCGGUGAUCCUAAAGUCAGGGUCUUCUUUUUAUAAAACCUUUGCGGUUGUUUUUCUUUCCUUGCGCGCAUGUAAUGAAGCCGUGUCCCGGCGUUUUCUCUCCUCAUUUUGGACUUCAUAAAACUAGCUAAGAAACCACGCUUGGCAUCGCUAUUAUAUUAUUUUUGUACGGUUUUUUCGUGAUGUGCGCAUGAGCACGUGUUAAGCAUCAAAUUUUAUGUAUUUAAUUUAUUUUGAUUGGCUCCUACCUCUUAAUAAUAGUGGACUCCCUACAUAUACAACAAUUAUACCAAUCAAAAUGAGUUAAA